AUGAGAGAAAUCAUUUCGAUCAACAUUGGCCAGGCCGGUUGCCAGUUGGGCGACCAGUGCUGGGAGUUGUUUUGCUUGGAACAUGGAAUCAACCCCGAUGGGACAUGCACUCAGGACAAACAGUCUCGGCAGUCCGUGUCCACCAUAGCAGACAGCGCUUAUAAUACAUUCUUCCAAGAGGUCCAAAACAAUAGAUAUGUCCCACGUGCCAUCUUUGUCGACACCGAACCAACAGUUAUUGACACCAUCAAGACUGGAGAAUACUCACAAUUGUACCAUCCUCAGCAAUUGCUCAGUGGAAUGCAAGACGCUUCCUCUAAUUUCUCACUUGCCAAAUUCACAUAUGGCGAGCUCAUUGACCAGACAAUGGAGGCGGUCAGAAAAAUUGCGGAAGGAUGCACGGGGCUACAAGGAUUUUUUAUUUACAACUCCGUUGGUGGUGGAACCGGAAGUGGGUUCACUGCUGCGCUCUGUGAGAAGUUGGCGGAUAAGUAUAGAAAGAAGACCAAACUAAACACUGUUAUUUGGCCAUCACCAGAACUCAGCAGCGGUAUUGUUGAACCGUACAACGCGGUUUUAAACACACACGCGAUGAUGGAUUUGGUUAACUGCACUUUCAUGCUUGACAACGAAUCAAUUUACAAAGUAUGUCAGAAGAACUUGGGAAUAAACAGCCCAUCGUAUAUCCACUUGAACCAACUGAUUGCACAGUCUAUGAGCUUGAUCACGGCGAGCCUCAGAUUUGAGGGAACACUGAACGUCGACUUGAACGAGUUCCCAACAAAUCUUGUGCCAUUCCCAAGAAACCACUUCGCGAUGAUGUCAUACUCCCCGAUCGUGACAGCUGAGAAAGCACAGAGACAGACACUCGACGUGUACGAACUGACGUCUGGGUUAUUUGAGCCACACAACCUGAUGAUAACAGUGGACGACAUAGCCAAAGGAAAGUUUAUGACCUGUUGCAUGAUGUAUAGAGGAGAUGUAGCUCCCCAUGACGUGAGUCUGGCUAUCAACAAAGUGAAAUCGGCAUACAACCUGCCCCUUGUCGAUUUUUGCCCAUGCAACUUCAAGUACGGAGUCAACAACCAGCCGACAACCUCUGUCCCGGGCAGUUGUUUCACAGCAACCAAGCGAAGUGCGUGCAUGCUGGCCAACAACACCGCGAUGUGCCAAGUCUUUGGGAAGAUCAACAAAAGCUUUGACCUCAUGUUUGGGAAGAGAGCGUUUGUUCACCACUUUGUUGGACAGGGAAUGGAAGAGAAUGAAUUUACGGAUGCAAGACAGGAUUUGUUUGAACUCGAGUCGGAGUAUGCCAACUUGUCUAUCGACAAUGCAGACAUGACAAAUUUGCAGUAA